AUGGCGAAGAAUAUGUUAGAGGUAUGCGCCAUACUGGUGGGGAUGACGCUUUUAGAGCAAAAUAUGCUGCACUAUGGUGACGCAAAACCAGCCCAUGGUUGGCGGACCACAGCACGGCAACCCCCAGCAGGGUGUACAAAACGCGAAUAUGCAAUCGCCCCUACAAUCACCACUGCACUAUCCCAUGAGUUAUGGGUUAACGAUGUUUGUGAUUGUAAUAUAAGUAGGUAUCCGAAUGGCAGCCCUAUGCAGUCGCCAAUGGGUUCACCAAUGGGCUCAAGUCUCAUACUUGAUGAACGAACAACGCCGAUGAUGGAAUUAAGUCCUCCUGGGAUGCAUGAUCCCUGUAGUGAGGCUGGCAGUUUGCCGAAUCUUCAGCAUCACGGCAUGACACCACAUCAACAACCUCCACCAUACUAUCACCAAACUGUUGGCCAACGGCACAGUACUGGCGGAGCGCUUGUGGGUGCGCCACGGCUUGCACCCACAACCCGAACACCUGAAAGUCAAUCGGCUCCAACCUCUCCGGCAAAUAAUCUCGAUCCGUCUCAACAACUUCAGUGGCAUGGAACAAGGACGUUUUCGAACUCUCCCGAGUCAUUAGACAUUCCGCGAUUGGUGUUGACGAAUCCUGAAGGCACGAAUGGCCCUCAUCUAGAAUGCUUCAACGACCUACAACAUAUCACCCUAGACGCGAACGAUAUGGAAAUGUUAUGUAAUGGUACUGGAAAUGGCAUCCCGGUUCAACAGGUUGGACAAUUUCUUUUGUGA